ACAUACAGAAGAAAAAUGUGGAAAAUCUUGGUUCUCCUGGCUGUGUUUCUUGUAAUACAAGAUACUGAUGGUUUACGGUCGAGAAAAAAAAGGCAUGUACACACAAAAACGGCAUGUGAACAUCGCCGAAUGAUCUUGAGCUGCGGAAAACAUCGGUACAUUCGAGUGUACUAUGCUGCGUAUGGUCGACAAAAUUCGAAAACCUGUUCAAGAAAGUAUGCCAGCCAUUGUUCUACAAAAUGUAAGUCCAGAAGAUCCUACUUCGUGGUAAAAAGAUUAUGCAAUGGAAAAAGUCGCUGCAUCAUUAAAGCCAGCAAUUCCGUAUUUGGAGAUCCAUGUAAAGGAACCUACAAAUACCUUAGAGUGAGGUAUCGCUGCAAAAAGAGACACUUUCAUGGAAGAGACGUGAAUGAAAAAGACAAAAGAGAGACUGAAGACAUAAUGUAUACAGAUGAAGAUAUGGAAUAACUAAGUAACUCAAGUCUGAAAUGGUGUUCUUAGUGUCCCUAUAUUAAAGCAUAUUAUGAGAACAUUU